AAAUCAAAUUAGCUUCCUGUCAAAAUUAGUUUUGUCAAAAUUACGAAUUGAAUCUGUCGCGUUAAAUUCUAUUUUCAAAAUUUAAGUUCAUUUCCUCAUUACAAAAUUAAUCGUACUUAUAAUCAUUCAAAAUGUGUGAUAAACGCCAAUGCCUGCUCAACGAUCUCAAAUGCCUAGUCGCGAAGAUCGGAGGCGAUUGCUGCGGACCGCCAUGUCCGUCACCAUGUGGGCCUCCCUGUUGUCUUCCGGGUGUAUGCGCCCCAGGAACGUGCCCCGCGCCUACUCAACCCGUUCCUGUAUGUUUGAGCUGUCCCAUGCCACCGCCUCCACCACUGUGUGUGCCGCCGAUGAUGCCAAUAUGUAAGCCUUGUGUGCCUCCAUGCGUACCAGUUUGUAAUCCCUGUCCUGAAGAUCAGCCUUGUGUGCCCUGUAAUCCUCCUCAAAUGAUGGUCGCCUAUAGGAUGCCCAAAACGUGUCCUAUUUAUAGAAGUAGAUCUAGGGAAUUGAGGUCUAGUAUCUUGAUUCUAGGUUGCGAAUGCGAGAAGAAGAAUGGACUGCAAGAUGAAUGCAGGAGAUUUGAAUGUAAAGGUUCCCCGGCCUGUAAGCUACCUGAGCCGUGUUGCGGACCUAGUGCCUUCGCUGGAGGAAAGCAUUUAGGAAAGUAUUUCACUGGUAUUCCGGAUUUAGAAAGGUACCAAUGUUAUCCAGCAUUUGUCAGAUUACCAGUAUGUCCUCCUUGUGGUCCUUGCGGCCCGAGUGGUCCUUGUGGACCGUGUGGUCCAUGCGGCCCAUGUGGCCCUGGCGGUUGUGGUCCAUGUGGUCCUGGACCAUGUGGACCUUGUGGUCCGUGUGGACCAUGCGGUCCUUGUCCCCCUCCCGCAGUACCAUUGGUUGCGGCAGUUCCUCCACCUCCACCGUGCCCUGCGAUAUGCCCGCCACCAUGUCCUCUUGGACGAGUAUGUCCUGUAGCUCCAGCUUUGCCUGUUCCAUUUUGUGUUCCCUGUCCACCAUGUUCACCUUGUCCUCCUUGCGCCCCUUGCGGGCCAUGUGUACCACCAUUCGGAAAUCCACCGUGUCCACCGUGUGGUCCAUGUGGUCCCUGUGGUCCAUGUGGUCCCUGUGGUCCAUGUGGUCCGUGUGCUCCGUGCCCUUGUUAAAUAUAAUUUGUGUUUUUUGCCAUUAAAAUGGAAAUCUGUGCAAUUGUUUAAUAA